UCGGAUUUGAGCAGCUGCCGGCGCGGAUGAGACCGCGGUCGGAGCCGGGCCGCAGCGAUGCCUGCGCGCAGCCGCCACCGCCCCAGCCUCCACUCCGGCUCGCCUACCCGGGCUCCGCCCCCACCGCUUGAGGCGUCUCUCUCCAGGGAGGCCCGGAGGGCACCGGACUCCGGCAGCGGCUCGGACGCCGACCCGGAGGCGGGUCCGGGGAGCGCGAUUCGGAACAAGGAGACAGUUGAAGAAGAAAUGGCUGGUCCUAAUCAACUCUGCAUUCGCCGCUGGACUACCAAGCAUGUAGCUGUUUGGCUGAAGGAUGAGGGCUUUUUUGAGUAUGUGGAUGUUUUAUGCAACAAGCACCGACUUGAUGGAAUCACAUUGCUUACACUGACUGAAUAUGAUCUCCGAUCUCCUCCUCUGGAAAUCAAAGUCUUAGGGGAUAUUAAAAGGUUAAUGCUCUCAGUCCGAAAAUUGCAGAAAAUACAUAUUGAUGUUUUAGAAGAGAUGGGAUACAACAGUGACAGUCCCAUGAGCCCCAUGACUCCAUUUAUCAGUGCUCUUCAGAGUGCAGAGUGGCUCUGUAAUGGGGAGCCUUCACAUGACUGUGAUGGACCCAUCACUGACUUGAGUUCUGAUCAAUACCAGUAUGUGAAUGGUAAAAACAAACAUUCUAUUCGAAGAUUGGACCCAGAGUAUUGGAAGACCAUACUGAGUUGUAUAUAUGUUUUCAUAGUAUUUGGAUUUACAUCUUUCAUAAUGGUUAUUGUCCACGAGCGAGUGCCUGACAUGCAGACCUAUCCACCACUCCCAGAUAUAUUCUUAGACAGCGUUCCCAGAAUUCCAUGGGCCUUUGCCAUGACAGAAGUAUGUGGCAUGAUUCUGUGCUAUAUUUGGCUCCUGGUUCUUCUUCUUCACAAGCACAGGUCCAUACUUCUGCGAAGGCUUUGUAGUCUGAUGGGCACUGUCUUCUUGCUUCGCUGCUUUACCAUGUUUGUGACCUCCCUCUCCGUGCCAGGACAGCACCUUCAGUGUACUGGAAAGGUAUAUGGCAGUGUAUGGGAGAAAUUACACCGGGCCUUUGCCAUUUGGAGUGGCUUUGGUAUGACCCUGACUGGCGUUCACACUUGUGGAGAUUACAUGUUCAGUGGCCACACAGUCGUCCUAACUAUGCUGAAUUUCUUUGUCACUGAAUAUACACCAAGAAGCUGGAAUUUCUUGCACACUUUAUCCUGGGUUCUCAACCUCUUUGGAAUCUUCUUCAUUUUGGCUGCCCAUGAACAUUAUUCCAUUGAUGUGUUUAUUGCCUUUUAUAUCACAACGAGACUCUUUUUGUACUACCAUACUCUAGCCAAUACCAGAGCAUAUCAGCAGAGUAGGAGAGCAAGAAUUUGGUUUCCCAUGUUUUCUUUUUUUGAGUGCAAUGUUAAUGGUACAGUCCCAAAUGAAUAUUGUUGGCCAUUUUCAAAACCAGCAAUAAUGAAAAGACUAAUUGGAUGAAGACUAUCUUUAUAAAGGGCUCAUGACUAAAAAUGCAGUCAUUGUUGAAAGUAACCUUGGUUUCUGCCCUAGCUUGUUCCUGAAUGUCUUGGUUUUUUGCCUAUGUGUUGACAAAGUUCUCUGUCCUGAGCGAGGCUGUGACCAUAGCAAGCAAACAAGAACAAUCAAGAGUCCUUACCUGUCUGUCAAACAAAAGUUUAAGUAGAUGUUUUCUGCCCCUUCUCUUUAGGCAGACUUAAUGUUAUGAUUGAAGUCAGGCUCUUAGCUUUACCUUUUGAGUAUUUGCCUAUUGAACUUAAGCUUAAGCUAAUCAGCGUAAGCAGUUUGCUGGUUGAAAGGUGUUAAAAAAAAAAUUCCAGUAAGACUGCAGGCAAGAAAUAUUGAGAAGAAUACUAAUAAUUUGUUAAGCUCCUUAUUUUCUUCAAAGGAAAAACCCCUACCCAAUGAGCAGUACCUGUUCUUUAACUAAUCUCUGUGUCUUUCUAAAAAAAUGCAACUCUGGGAAGUGAUCCAUUUUACUGACAAAUUAAUUUUUGCCUUCUGAACUGUCUGUAAGAAAAGUAUACUGAAUAUACCAGGAUCCUUGAAACGAGAAUGAAAGAGGCCAUAUAUAAGAUGACAAAGUACAAAUACAACACUGGCAUUUUUUCACCAAAAUUAACAAAAGAUUCAGUUCUGUUUUUGUUCUAAGGGUUUAGUAUGAUCAUCAGUAAGUAUUCAUGAGGGAAAAAAUGUCUGCGUCCAUAAAAAUAAAAUUGGCUUAAAUUUAGUGAUGAAAGUACCUGGAAUAACUGUUCUGUGACUGUUAGCUGGAUAGAUGACAGGCCAAUUUUAUGCUUUUUAAUGAUGUUAUUUAAUGAGCAAAAUGAGAGUUUUUAUCAGAUGUUAGAUAAAGUUCUUAUGUCCUUAAAUGGGGAUGUUUGCAUGCAAAUUUUUCUCUUUCUGAAAUUUAUAACAGGUUGCAGGCAUAAUAUAACUAGUUGGUUUUUGAAAUUUCUCAUCUUGACCAUCAGACAGCCUCAGACGCAUUUGGAUAUGAAAAGGUUUUGUUCUUUUUUAUUUUUAAAUACAGUUGUGUACAUACAUUCUUUCUAUUUAGCUUUAAUUUGGCAGUCAGGAGUAAUAUAACUUAGUUGCUGUUUACAACACUAGAAAUUUAGUACCUUAAGUAAUUUGACCUCUGUGAUAACCUUUGUCACUUUAACUUUUAAUGAUUUUGUAUAGUAGUUCUGAUAGUAGGAUGGUUCUAGAAUUAGAAGUUGAACCCCAACUCAUGAGCUUAGCCACUUGGAAUAUUAAUUGUGUAGUUUUGCAUUCAACUUUAAAACAAGGAGUUAGAAAAGGUGCUGGCAUAUUGAGGUCUAAAAUUAGGCCACUUAGCAGAAACAUGCUGUUUAUAUAGUGAAAUAUUUUGUUUUUGCACUUUGAGUCAUAUUCCCACCCCCUGUAAGUUACAGAGGAGCCUGAGUGGAUUGGGCAGGAAACAAAUAUAAUGCAAGCAAGUUUCAGCUAGUGCUGAGUGACCCCAGUUUGGGUCUUCUCUGAAUAUUGUUUUUUUAUUUUUCACUUGAGAAAAUGUCAUGAGAUAAUUUAGUUUUAUUAUGCUUUUAAAUCUCAUACUUUAGAAUCUGAUAAUACCUUAAAUUCUUGAUUCUGUUACAUUCUGGGGAUGAAAAUGUCAACAUUUCAUCCAAGGAAAGUGCAUAAUCAUGAAGGUUGAAGGAUGUUUCCUAUGCAGUAAGAGUAGUUUGACCCUUGAAUUCAAAAGAUAUGUAACAUCCACUUUUUCCAAAUGACAGAAGAAACCUGAAUUUAACUAGGAAGGGACUGAUGUUGGCUUUUGGGAAAAUGUUUGGAAAAAAUCCAUGGCACCAUUAAAUCAAGAAUGUUGAAUAAGUACUUAAUGGUAAAUUUCCUAACAGCAGUCUUCUUUCCUUCAUAUGGAUUUUAUUCUAGAACAAAAUAGGAAAAAAAAAAUUACAACUAACUUAGCAGAGCUAUUGAUACUGAGAGUGCCUAACAGCAGACUGCAAUGAGGAGUAUAAAAUAACUUCCCAACCUUCCUUUUACCGUAUCCGUUUUGAGGAAAAGGUAAGCUAGAUUUAUAAUUUAUUGUUAUAACUAUUACAAGGCAGUGUUUACAUACAUUAAUCAUCUCCAGGUCUCUUCCUUAGAAAACUUUGAGACAACAUUUUUUUCCAUUUCUUUUUUUAAUAUAAAACUUAUAUUUUUGUUACUUAUUGUUUUAUCCAGAAAUUUCCAGAUUUUGUCUUUGUAUCUUUUUUCUUGUAACAAUUUUGUUAAAACCAUAGUGAAAGUAGAAUUUACAUUUUGACUGUGACUGUGGCUAGGUAGAGAAGCUGCAUGCCUCAGAUCUACAGAUUUUUCACCUUGUAUGCAGUUUCAAACAUGUGAGAGGUUUACCUCAUUAAACACUGAGACUUCAGUAUAGAGGGAACCAAGGCAAUUUUUUGUUCAGGGAUGCAAACUGGAGGUUAUACUGAAAGUCUUCCAUGCAAUUUCUCUCUUCUUAAGGGCAGCAUUACCCUUUUUUCUUUUUGUAAAAUUCCUUGCAGGACAAUGUUACUGAAGGUUAGUUGAAGUUUGUAGAGAAUAUCAGGUUUAGAAGAAGGCAAAUUUGCUACUAUCACCACAUAAUUUGGGAGAAACUUUUUUUGGCUAUGCUGCAGAAUUUUCACCAUGCCUAUCUUCUCGAUAGUCCUCUGUAGCCAAAAUUGCUUGGGUAAAAAUAGACCUUCCAUAUGCUAGGUCUGUUUAUUAGUGUCACUUUAAAUCAGAACGUAGUGAACUCAGCCACAGAGCCAGUCAGUUAAAGGAGUGUGGACUGUCACAGGAAGAACUCCACGCUAGAGACCUGCUGAUAAUGUAACUCUGGCACUGCAAGUGGCAUUCUCCCCUUCCCUGUACCUGCUUAAAAUUCUUACUUAAAACAAUAAGGACAGAGGUGCCAAAUCCUUUUACAGCUAAUAUGAGACCCUGUGUUUUGAGGACACCUGUUUGGAAAGUGUUAUUUAUAUAUUCAAAGUGAUAGUCAUAACACUAACCUGCUUUGACUGUAUUCAGUAAAAAAGCAAUUUCAUUGUCAGUUUCAUAGUAAACUUCUUUUAAAGGAUUCUUGUUCCAUAGUGUUUUAGAACAUUAACCAUAUUCUUGUUUUAAACUCUUUAAUAAACUUAAUUCUUUGAUUGUCUUCUUGUAGACUUAAAUUAUCCCUUGCUAAAACUAAUUAUAGUAACAAUCAUUUGCCAGUUCUUUACAGGCAUUUGAGAUAAGGUAACUCUUUUAUAGAAUAGUCCCAUGGCUUUCUUAAACAGUAUUGGUUUCAUUUAGAGAGUUUCAGAGCCAACAAAGUAUGUCAACUUUAAUGCCAUCUUUACUUGGCCAUUACAGUUUGCAUUUGUGAAAUGUUUAAUCUGAAUUACCCUGUACUGCUAUAGAGGAAAUUGUUAGUAACAUCAGAAGUCAGACUGUUGCUACAAGUGACCAAUGAGAAAGGAAGGAGGUUGAAGGUUUUUCCCUUCUCUUUUAGUAGCUUUGAAUGACUGAAAUUACUAUGGAACUAGGUUUUGAUGCCCCUCUCGCUUAAUCCUCACCCCCAGCAAAGACCACCAAUUUCAAGUAACUAAAAUGUGGCCUAUUAUUUUGCAUUAAGUUGAAUUAAAACAUCUGUCCAAUCUAUAAGCCAUAAUUCAGCUUCCCCCAAAGUUAAUUUUUUAGACUACGGUUCUACCUUAUAUUAGCCAAGGACUUUUUCUCUGUGUACUCCAUGUUUAUGCAUAAAGAAGUUUUGUACCUAAUAUGGAAGGAGAGGGAAUACUAUGUUAAUUUUGCUGUUAUUUCAGCUCUGUUUCAAUCUGAACUACUGGGUUGUCUGCACUAGUGAAGCAUUGUUACCAGUUAGUAAUACCAUCUUUAAAAUGUUCCAUUUUAAUAAUUUCUUAUUCAAAGAAUCUAUGACUUGUUAGGACAACUGAAGUAUUUCUGAUACGAAACAAAAGAAGUGGAGACUGGUACUUAAUGGGGGAAGCAAAAUUAGCUUGGGCUAAAAUGGGCAUGUUUUGUUCUAUGAAUUCUACCUAGAUGUUACCCAAUGUGCAGAGAAACUAGUAUUACUUGAAGAUGUGAAAGUUCCUGUGGUAGCCAUACCUUGAAGCACAGUAUUGUAUAUAAGUAAAUAUCUCAAUUCUAAAUUAAAUCCAGAUUUAACUAAUAUAUAUUAUUUUAUAUCUUUGUUGUAUUAAAAUGUUUAAAAACACUAAAAAUAAAACAUUUGAAAAUUGGA